AUGGCGAAUAACAAAUCAAUAACAUCUGUUCAAACCAAUGCACAGGCUAAUGCUAAACAAGUAUCAAGCUUUUCCAGGGACGCAGUUGCAAAUCGACGUAUGAACAUGCAAAGAAUGCAAAAUGUCCUCCUCAUUUGGUUGGAUAAUAAUAUUAAUAAAAAUGAUGCUGAUUGUACUAAUACAAUCAAGCAAUUAAAACUUGUUGUUAACAACAUAAACACGUUUACAGAUAGUGAAGAAUGUGUUGAAUUUAUUCAAACCACUAACAACAACAAAAUAUGUAUGAUUAUUUCUGGUUCACUGGGAAAACAUAUUGUGCCCCAUGUGCAUGAUAUGCCCCAAGUAGAUACCAUUUUUAUAUUUUGUAGCAACCGAGAAUGGCAUGAACAAUGGACUAAAGAAUGGCCUAAAAUAAAAGGAGUCUUCACAGAUAUAACAUCAAUCUGUGGAGCUCUCAAGCAAGCUGCUCAUCAGUGUGAGCAGAAUGCCACGUCAAUCAGCUUUGUGGCAUCAAACAAGAAACUGGAUCAAUUAGAUCCAUCAUUCAUGUAUACUCAGAUCUUGAAAGAGAUCUUAUUAACCAUCAACUUCGAAGACAAACAUAUUCAAGAAUUCAUUACUUAUUGUCGUGAAGUAUAUGAUGAUGAUGAAAAUGAAUUAAAAAAGGUUAAUCAAUUACAAACAACAUACAAAAACAACAUACCCAUAUGGUGGUAUACAUGGAAUGCAUUUUUAUAUCGUAUGCUCAAUCAAGCAUUAAGAUUAAUGGAUGUUGAUAUGAUUAUUCGAAUGGGUUUCUUUAUUAAUGAUCUACAUCGAGAUAUUCAACGACUUCAUUCGAAACAAUUUGAUGGUCAUCAAGUAGGCACAGCAUUUACAGUUUAUCGUGGACAAGGUCUUUCAAAAGAAGAUUUCACCGAAAUGACAAAAACAAAAGGUGGACUUCUUUCAUUUAAUAAUUUCUUAUCAACUAGUAAAAACCGUGAUGUUUCUCUUAAUUUCGCCCAACACGCUGCUACAAAUCCUGAUCUUGUUGGAAUUCUAUUUGUUAUAUCAAUUAAUCCUACUGAUUCAACAACUCCAUUUGCUUCUGUUAGUGAUGUUAGUUAUUUUCAUACAGAAGACGAAGUCCUUUUCUCUAUGCAUACUAUUUUCCGUAUUGGAGAUAUUAAACCAAUAGAUGGAAAUAAUCAUCUUUAUCAAGUGAACCUAACAUUGACCAAUGACAACGACCAAGAUCUUCGAGCUCUUACUGAUAGUAUCCGACAAGAGACCUUUCCAGAUCAAGAAGAAUGGGGACGAUUAGGAUCAUUGCUAAUUAAAAUGGGUCAGUUUAACAAGGCUCAAGAAGUUUAUGAAGUUUUACUUCAUCAAACAACGGAUGAAAGUGUUAAAGCACCUAUUUAUGGUCAACUAGGUUCGAUCAAAGCUAAUCAAGGAGAAUAUCAAGAAGCACUUACAUAUUUUGAAAAAACACUUGCUAUCUAUCAAAAAAUACUUCCUUCCAAUCAUCUUAGUUUGGCUUCUACCUACAUAUGCAUCGGUGUAGUUUAUAUGCACAUGAGUGAUUAUCCUAAAGCCCUUUCUUAUUAUGAAAAAACCCUUGCAAUUCAACAACAAUCACUCCCUUCCAAUCAUCCUGAUUUGGGUAUGUCCUAUAACAACAUCGGUAAUGUGUAUGUCAAAAUGGCUGAUUAUUCAAAAGCACUUUCUUAUUAUGAGAAAGAUCUUGCAAUUCAACAACAAUCACUUCCUUCCAAUCAUCCUGAUUUGGGUGUUUCCUACAGCAACAUCGGUAGUGUGUAUUUGAACAUGGGUGAUUAUCCAAAAGCACUUUCUUAUUAUGAGAAAGAUCUUGCAAUUCUACAGCAAUCACUUCCUUCCACUCACCCUGAUUUGGGUAUGUCCUAUAACAACAUCGGUGUGGCGUAUGAGAAUAUGGCCAACUAUUCAAAAGCUCAUUCAUUUUAUGAACGUGCUGUACAGAUUGGGCAACAAUCAUUACCAGCAAAUCAUCCUAGACUUCUAAAAUGGAGAAAAAACCUUGAACAUAUGAAAAAGAAAUUAUAA